AUGGCCAUAUUUAUCUGUAAAGGAAUUUGUUAAGUCCUACGAAGCAACUUAUUCAAAUUCUCACCGUUCUAGGAAAUUGUUCAAGGUGAAUGGAUCCCAAACAAGAAGAAGAGACAUCAUCUGUACAUCAGAGAAGAAGCUCAGAAGGGUUGGAGUCAACAACUUUGAAUUAUGUGAGCAUAGUGAAAAGGCUGCUGUCCCGUCGAAUGUUAGUAGGGAUCAAAGAUGGAAGAUUCUUCUUGGGUAAUUUCUACUGCAUGGAUAAGCAAGGAAAUAUCAUCCUUCAAGAUGCAGUUGAAUAUCGUUGCAUUAGACGUUCUCCUGCUUCUCCAGUGGAACAGCGAGGCCUUGGUCUGAUUCUCAUCCCUUUUCCUUGUCGGAUAUCUUGUCAUGUCGACUGCUCUGUUGAGGAACAGUUGUCCCUCUUAUCCCUUUAGUACUAAUAAAACCAUUGUUCACGGGUAUGUGCAUGUGAAGCUUUUUUGUUUACAUUUUUGUUCUGGGACAGAUGCAUAUGAAGUUCUUCUUUUGAAAAGUUAUAUAGAGUUACAUCACGUAGUUUGGAUGCUUAA